UAUCUUAUUGCUUACUACACAUUUGAGAGAGAUUAUGUGGCAUGGCGUCCAAUGUUCCGAAUAUUAGAACGGAAUGAGAAGUACUUUUCACUGCCAGAGAGUAAAGGUUUCAAGUUAUACAUGGUACAAAACUUUAAUGGGGUUCUUCAACAUUUGGGAUACGAAGAAAAUCCUGAUGAUGACGAUCUCACUAAGUUACUAAGGCUAGAGGCCACGAAAUGGGCAUGUACCGUCGGUCACGCGGAAUGCAAAAAAAACGCCGCCGUUAAAUUAAGCGAACAUUUGGCGGAUCCUGAUAAUCACAAGAUUCCAUACUGGUGGCAAGAUUGGACGUACUGCUUUGGUUUGGCGGUAGCUAAUAAGACUACUUGGGAUAAAAUGAUGGAACGAUAUGUGCUAACAUCACCUAAUGACGAUCUUUUGAAAAACUUGAAUUGUGCUGAAGAUCCUGAUAUCAUUAUCAACUAUUUGUAUAUUACAGCAUCAAAUACUAAAUUAUUUAAGGAUCUGGACCAUGUAUUUAUCUUCAAUUUAAUUCUUGAAAAACAUGCACGCAACGAUUUGGUCCUUGACUACAUAUUAGCAAAUUUUGAUAUUAUAAAACCCAGAUUACUUCCUGCAACACAAACGUUAUUUACUGUAUAUCAAAAUGUUUAUUCUAACGAACAAUUGUCCAUGGUGAACACAUUUGCGGGAAAAUAUUUCCAUCAAGAUCGAGACGCUUUGGCACGAGUUACAUUUAUGAUAAAAAAGCGUAGAAAUAUACUUAAAGCGUCCGUAGAUAUUUUUACAAAACGAUUUGGAAAAAGUCAAACUUUAAUUGAUCAAUUACAAAAAUUAGAUUAUGAUGAAGAAGACGUCAAUAGUGGGUUGAUCAAUCAAGACGUUGCGUCUGUUACAAUCACGAUGGAUCAAGACCUAUCUGCAUAAUUUUUCAAAUAAUACUAUUUUUAUUUAUUAUUACUACUUU